GAUUGAAAUUAAAUGUGACAACUCAAUAAAUAAUGUUCCACAAAAUAUAUUGCCUAUAUGCUGUGUUCUCAUGAGUUUCAGGAGCGUACGUAUGGCUGUAAGGUGUGUGGGAAAGUGUUCAAGCGCUCCUCCACCCUGUCCACUCACCUGCUUAUCCACUCUGACACACGGCCCUACCCCUGUCAAUACUGUGGCAAAGGAUUUCACCAGAAAUCUGAUAUGAAAAAACACACCUUCAUUCACACAGGUGAGAAGCCCCAUGCGUGCCAGGUGUGUGGCAAAGCCUUCAGCCAGAGCUCCAACCUCAUCACCCACAGCCGUCAGCACAGUAGCAACCAGCCCUACCACUGCUGCCUCUACGGCUUCCAGCACAAACUGGACCUGAGACAGCGCGUAGACCUUCAGGCGAAGACCCUGCUACCAGCUGAUCUGAGAUCAGUUUUAACAAGCAAGAGAACCACUCCACAUAGAUAGCAACUCAGAGACUUUCACAUGGUUACAAUUUUGUAAUUCUUAGUCUGAUCAUUGAUUUAUUAUUUUAGGUGAUCAAACUCCCUUAAUUGUCAGUGAUUUACCUGUCAGGGGUAGUUAAA